CAUCAAAUGGUCGUUCGUCCGUUCGUUUAGUUUAGUGGAAUCCGGCACUAGAUUGGCUCGCAGGGCAGGAGAGAGAGAGAGAGAAGGAUGAUUUUUAUGCUUCCUUCUUCUUCUUCUUCUUCUUGCCGAACAACAACAUCCACCGCCACCAUGUUCCUCCACAAAACCACCUUCCUUGUCCCCAAAAAUCCAACCUCUCUUCUCUUCUGUUCCACCACCCCCACAAAGCUCCGCCGUCUUCCCAAAUUCACCUGUCUUUUUCAUCACCUUCUUCCCAAUUUUCCCCUCGCCUCUGUCCUCACCUCCGCCAACGCCAUUGUCGCCGCCGCUGCUGCUGGAUCUUCCUCUGCUCAUGCCGCUGUCUCCUCCGCCAUCACUCACGUCGCCGUCACCGCCCUUGCCAUUGCUUCCGGCGCUUGUCUCUCCACCAAGGUCGAUUUUUUGUGGCCCAAACUCGAUGACCACCCCGGAUCUCUCAUACUGGAUGGUGUAGAUGUCACUGGGUAUCCCAUAUUCACUGACGCAAAGGUGCAAAAGGCAAUUGCAUUUGCAAGGAAAUCACACCAUGGCCAGCUACGAAAGACUGGAGAGCCUUACCUCACGCAUUGUAUUCACACUGGAAAAAUUUUGGCUGCCUUGAUUCCAUCAGCUGGAAAGAGGGCUGUUGAUACAGUUGUUGCAGGCAUCCUUCAUGAUGUCGUUGACGAUACUGGUGAGACUUUGGAAAGCAUAGAGAAAGAGUUUGAUGCCGACGUAGUAAGAUUGGUAGCUGGAGUAUCCAGACUAAGUUACAUAAAUCAGCUGUUGCGGAGGCAUCGAAGGCUAAAUUUAAAUCAGCCUACUCUAAGCCACAAUGAGGCAAAUAACAUACGAGUGAUGCUGCUGGGUAUGGUCAAUGAUCCACGCGUGGUGCUUAUAAAGCUUGCUGAUCGCCUUCAUAACAUGAGAACCAUAUAUGCUCUUCCUUCCGCCAAAGCACAAGCUGUUGCCCAGGAAACAUUAGCAAUUUGGUGCUCACUUGCUUCACGUCUAGGACUCUGGGCACCGAAAGCUGAGCUUGAAGAUCUGUGCUUUGCUGUCCUUCAGCCUCAUAUAUUCCGUCGAAUGCGAGCUGACCUUGCCUCCAUGUGGAGCCCCGGUAAGAGGAAUCUGAGAAGACUAUCUACAAAAUCCAGCUCUUUUGGAAAACAAUUUGGGAAGAACUCGAUUUCUGAAUAUGAACAAUCUACAGAAAUUGAUCAGGAUGAAGUAAACAUGAAGGUUCUUCUGCAGGCAGUGCUUCCAUUUGACCUUUUACUGGACCGAAAAAAGCGUAUUGACUUUAUUGAAAAUCUUGCAAAACCAUCAGAGUCACAAAUUAAUCCAAAGGUUAUCAGGGAUGCGGGAAUUGCUUUAGCAUCUCUGGUUGUGUGUGAGGAAGCGCUUGAGCGGGAAUUAUUUAUAUCAACCUCUUAUGUUCCUGGAAUGGAAGUAACUUUGUCUAGUCGCCUAAAGAGCCUGUAUAGCAUUUAUAGCAAGAUGAAAAGAAAAGAUGUAGGUAUAAGUGAAGUGUAUGAUGCUCGUGCACUCAGAGUAAUUAUUGGAGAUAAGAAUGGGACUUUGCAUGGGCAGGCAGUUCAGUGUUGUUACAAUCUUCUCAACAUUGUGCACAGACUUUGGACCCCCAUUGAUGGUGAGUUUGAUGACUACAUUGUGAAUCCAAAACCAAGUGGCUACCAGUCUCUGCACACUGCAGUUCAGGGUCCGGACAAUUCACCUCUGGAAGUUCAAAUUAGAACACAAAGCAUGCAUGAGUAUGCUGAGCAUGGACUUGCUGCGCAUUGGCUUUACAAAGAAACUGAAACUAAGUUGCCUUCUGAGAGCAUUAUACAUGAUCCUGAAAUAACAGAAUCCCCAUACUGCUCUAAAGAAAUGGAAGAUCAAAGUUCUGUUGACUAUGAUGUAUUCAGGAAGUACAGUAUUCUAAAAGCUGGACACCCAGUUCUAAGAGUGGAAGCAGGUCACUUACUAGCUGCAGUUAUUGUCAGAGUAGACGAAGAUGGAAAAGAAUUGCUUGUUGCUGUGAGCUUUGGCCUAGCAGCUUCUGAAGCAGUAGCUGCCCGAAGAUCUUCUUACCAAAUAAAACGGUGGGAGGCUUAUGCAAGAUUAUACAAAAAGGUGUCUGAUGAGUGGUGGUGUGAACCAGGACAUGGGGAUUGGUGCACUUGUCUCGAAAAGUACACUCUUUGUCGAGAUGGUAUGUACCAUAAGCAAGACCAGUUUCAUCGCCUGUUGCCGACCUUCAUCCAAAUAAUUGAGUUGACAGAACAAGAGGAAAGUGAAUACUGGGCUGUUGUAUCUGCUGUUUUUGAGGGCAAAUCUAUUACGUCUAUUGUGCCUCAUUCAAGCAGCCCAGAUAGACGGGGGUUUAAUUCUGUGAAUUCAUCGCUGAUGGAUACUGGAAUCAACAACAAGGUGCUUUUACUGAGGACAAUGCUUCAGUGGGAGGAGCAGUUGCGAUGUGAAGCAGGCCUUCAAAAAAUAGACCGUGAUUCAAGAUCGUCUGGACAUACCGACUCUGCUCCUUUUGCUGAGGUAGUGAUUAUCUGUUGGCCUCAUGGUGAGAUAAUGAGGUUGAGCAGUGGUAGCACGGCUGCUGACGCAGCUAGAAGAGUUGGACUUGAGGGAAAGCUGGUCUCAGUAAAUGGUCAGCUUGUCGUUCCCAGUACAGAGCUAAAGGACGGUGAUGUAGUUGAGGUCAGAAUGUAAAGCAGGCAGUCUUUGGAUACGACAUACGAAUCUCGGUAGCCCCAUUCUUCUGUUGUAGGAGGCUGUUUACAAGAGGUUAGCAGAAGGAACUGGCUUCCCUGUUCAUAAUUUGGGCUUUUAUUGUUCAUUUGUUGUACAGUAUCUGUACAUUUGUUACUCCAUACAAGGGGUUAGUAGUAAGUUAGCAUUUCUUCUUGUAAUAUGUUGUUGUUAUUGGCUCAUUUCCCAGCUUAAAUUUUGGAGUAAACUACACUUUGAACCCUUUAA